CAUAUGGGAAAGGAUAAUGCGAUAAUUGUUCCAAAAUGAAUAAGGGCCGGUUGUAUAAAGUGUAGUUGACUAAAGGUUGAAAUUGAACCGGCGGUUGAGUGAAAAAUUCUGUUGCAUGAUCGACGAUUUAGCUCUAACUGACAGUUGAACUGUCAGUUGGCUCAAACGGCACUCGAAGUACGGAUUAGCGAAUUCAACCGUCAGUUUAUGUUUGUUAGUGAAGUUAUAUAAAUCGUUUAAGAUGUCCAAAAAAAGAAUUGCCUUUACAGAUAUAGAUGUACGGACGCUUAUAGAUAUAGUUUUCAAGUAUAAGCAUAAGAUAGAAUGCAAGAAGACUGACGUUAUAACUUGGAGGGAGAAGGAUGCAAUUUGGUCUAAAAUUGCAAAUGAAUUUAAUUGUGCCGUGAUGGAUCAAAAAACUGCAGAGCAGUUACGUACGAAGUACGAUAAUUUAAAAAAAGAGGCCAGGAAGUAUUUUGCUCAACAACGGCAGCAAAUGUAUGGUACUGGUGGCGGUCCUGCCCAAGUUAUGAUAAGAGAUUUUCUAAAAGAAAUUUUUGAAAAAAUAAAAGCCAUCAUUAAUUUGUCUAUCGAAGGAGUUGCACCAUGUAGAGGUGACAGUGAUGCUUGCCUUAUAGAGACCUCUGAGGCAUCUUCAUCGGUUGCUCAACAAAAAGAUUUCGCCGAUGUUAUUUUCCUAGAUUUGCCGGACGCCUGCAAUAUCGAAAUGCAACAUCUGGAACCUUGUGAAGAAAGAAUAGAUAUUUCCGAUUCCGCAGUGAAUGAACAUGAAAUUGCAGUAACAACUGAUUGGAGUAACUAUAAGCCAAGCAUGUUGAGAAAAAGAAAACACAAAUUGUUACAACAAACAGCAAAAGGGACACCAACGAAAUAUGGAAAUACAGCAACGCAAGUGUUAGAAGAAAUAGGUAACACAAAAGCUGAAUUAAACAAGUUAAAAAUGGAACUACUGAGAAAGGAGGAUAACAGCUGCAAAGAAUAA